UGUCAGCAGUCCUGCUUUGAUUGUAAAGGGUUUACAGCCUUAUGUUUGAAUAGCUAAAACAUCUGUUCAGCGACGUUGUGAAAUCCUCAUGUUCAGAACCCCUGAUAAGGGGGACUGCUGAGCAAUUGGCUCGUAGAGGCUCUACAGGCAGCGAGGGCUGUACGUACAGUGGUCACCGCUUGCCUUCCCUCCUCCUGGUCAGAGGGAAACAUAGGAGACAGCUACAAUUUUACACGUGAUUUUCCUUUGAGAAGGAGAGAGCAGGAAGUGCCUAGGAAAUGGUUCAUGAUAGAAACAUGGAGUUUUAAAUAGGAGAGGGGAGGAGGAGGAGGAGGAGAGCUCAUGGGCACAUUUUGUGAACAGUUGAAACACUGACGCCACAGCAGCAGGGGAAAACCAGACUUCUGCGACAGCAAGCACACCCCAAGCUAUCCUGAUGGAAGGAGAGACGGCACCAGAGGCCAGAAGAGGAGCCAGCAAAGCCACACGGAUCGCCCUCGGUGUCUUUGUGAGUAGCACUGUUGUGCUUGGCACCGCGCUUUUCUUGGUUAGCCAAGGUCUUAUAAAGUUUCAUCCGAAACAACAGUACUGUUUGACUGCAGAAUGCAUUGAAGCUGCUGCUGGCAUCCUGAGCAAGAUAAAUCAAUCCAUAGAUCCGUGUGAGAACUUCUAUCGAUUUGCAUGUGAUGGCUGGAUAUAUAAUAACCCUAUUCCUGAAGAUAUGACAAACUAUGGUGUUUAUCCUUGGCUGCGACACAAUGUGGACCUCAAACUAAAGGCAUUGCUUGAGAAACCCAUCAGCAAAAGACGAGACAGUGAAGCUGUACAGAAGGCCAAGGUCCUUUACGCAUCCUGCAUGAAUGAGAAUAAAAUUGAAAAAGCCGAUGUGAAGCCCCUCUUAAGUAUCCUGAGGCACUCACCUUUCCGCUGGCCUGUGUUGGAAUCCAAUAUUGGACCUGAAGGACUGUGGUCAGAAAGGAGAUUUAGUUUACUCCAAGCCUUGGCAACUCUUCGUGGCCAAUACAGUAACUCUGUCUUCAUCCGUUUAUAUGUGGCUGCUGAUGACAAAAUCUCCAAUCGCUAUAUCCUGAAGCUUGACCAAGCAAGCCUCUCUCUGGCAUCUAGAGAGGAUUACCUAGAAAACACCACAGAAGCCAAAUCUUACCGAGAUGCCUUUUUGCAGUUCAUGGUUGAUACAGCAGUGCUUCUGGGUGCAAAUGCUUCACGAGCUGAAUCUGAUAUGAAAUCAGUUCUAAAACUGGAAGUUAAAAUAGCAGAGAUCAUGAUUCCAUAUGAAAAUCGAACAAGUGAGGUGAUGUACAAUAAAAUGAACAUAUCGGAGCUUAGUGCCAUGAUUCCACAGUUUGACUGGCUGGGAUACAUCAAGAAGGUGAUUGACACCAAACUCUAUCCUGAGCUUAAAGAUAUAGGUCCUUCAGAAAAUGUGAUUGUCCGUGUUCCCCAGUACUUCAAAGAUUUAUUCAGGAUACUAGAAAAUGAAAGGAAAAAGACUCUUGCCAACUACCUGGUGUGGAGGAUGGUUUAUUCAAGGUUAUUUAAUCUCAGCAGACGUUUCCAGUAUCGGUGGCUAGAAUUUUCUCGGGUGAUCCAUGGAACCACAACUUUGCUGCCUCAGUGGGAUAAAUGUGUGGACCUUGUUGAAAACGCACUCCCCUACGUUGUGGGUAAGAUGUUUGUGAAUGCCCAUUUUCAAGAAGACAAGAAAGAGAUGAUGGAGGAGUUGACAGAAGGAAUUCGCUGGGCUUUUAUUGACAUGUUGGAAAAAGAAAAUGACUGGAUGGACUCUGAAACAAAAAGAAAAGCUCAUGAGAAGGCAAAAGCAGUUAUGGCGAAAGUUGGUUACCCUGAGUUUAUAAUGAAUGACACAUAUAUUAAUGAAGACAUCAAAACACUGAAGUUUACAGAAAGUGACUAUUUUGGCAAUGUAAUGCAAACUCGCAAAUACGUAGCCCAAUCUGAUUUCUACUGGCUUAGAAAAGAAGUUCCAAAAACAGAGUGGUUUACAAGCCCAACUACUGUAAAUGCUUUUUAUAGUGCAUCUACCAACCAGAUCAGGUUCCCAGCAGGAGAACUACAAAAACCUUUCUUUUGGGGAACAGAGUAUCCUAGGUCAUUAAGUUAUGGUGCCAUAGGAGUAAUUGUUGGCCACGAGUUUACCCAUGGAUUUGAUAGCAAUGGUCGGAAAUAUGACAAAAAUGGAAACUUAGACCCUUGGUGGACAACUAACUCUGAAGAAAAAUUUAAAGAGAAAACAAAGUGCAUGAUUGAUCAAUACAACAAUUACUACUGGAAGCAAGCUGGCUUAUAUGUGAAAGGCAAGAGGACUUUGGCAGAAAACAUUGCAGAUAAUGGAGGUUUGAGAGAAGCUUUCAGGGCAUACAGGAAAUGGAUUACAGAAAAGAGGGGAGGAGAAGAAGAGCCUUUACUGCCAGGCCUUGAGUUCACACACAACCAGCUUUUCUUUCUGAGUUAUGCCCAUGUAAGAUGCAACUCCUUUAGACCAGAAGCUGCGAGGGAGCAAAUAUAUACUGGAGCUCACAGCCCUCCACAGUUCAGAGUUAUUGGAGCCAUGAGCAACUUUGAAGAGUUCCGUAAAGCUUUCAAUUGCCCGAGGAAUACGACGAUGAACCGAGGAGCAGAAUCCUGCCGGCUGUGGUAGAUGUCCCUUCCAGGUCUUCUGUCAACAGGAGUCUGCAAUGUGAACUGCUGAGCUCAAGACCACUGCUAGAAUUUCAGAAUAAUGUUCUGAAAUCUGGAGAGGUGUUACUUCAAAUGCAUCUUCCUUAUCCGUGUUGAUGACCAGCAUGGAUCUAAUCAUCCCUGUUUAGAGCCUAGAAACAUUCCAAAUAGAAGAGGUUUCCUUUAAUGAUAAUAAUAAAAAGUAACUCAUUUUAUCCAUAAAACUA